AUGUUUCUUGCUUGUAAACCCCCUAACUUUUUUGGAGAACGUGACCCUGCUAAAGCCAUAUGUUGGCUUAAAGAAAUUGAAUUAAGUCUGCAGACCAGUAAAAGUGCAGAAGAGGAUAAAGUAAUGUUUGCCAUAUCUAGGUUGUGGUCAAAUGCACUAUAUUGGUGGGAAAUUCUGUCAAGUUCGGAUCCAAAUAUUAUGAAAACCAUGCUAUGGGAGGAAUUUGUGGAAAAAUAUAUAAUUCAAUAUUGUCCUGAACCUGUUGCUCGAAAGCUAGAGGACGAUUUUCUUCGUUUGGAACAGGGAAAUAUGUCGGUUCGUCAGUAUACAGAGAUUUUUAUGGAACAAUUUCGGUUUGCCGAAGCAUAUUUUGCAACUAAAAGCAACAAAGUUAGGAAAUAUAUUUGGGGUCUGGUGUCUAAUCUCCGAAAAUAUAUGAUAUACAGACACCCAACUACAUUCCAGGUCGCGGUUGAUGCAGCAGAAAUCCUGGAACAGGAUAUUAAUCGCCAACCACAAGAAAGGGUUGGGGAUAAAAGGAAAGUGGAAACUGUUGCCACUGAUUUUCGUAGACCAAGGUUUACUGAAAAUCUGAAUUGA